AUGGCGACCCAUCACAAAGCCCUCAGGCUCUGCGUCAGCCUCGCCCGCCAGGCCCUCGAAGCCGGCGACUCCCCCUUCGGCGCCGUCCUCGUCAACGCCCACGGCGCCAUCAUCCACCAGGACCGCAACCGCACCGUCACGGGCGAGGCCGGCGACUUCCGCGCCGACGCGACGCUGCAUCCCGAGCUGACCAUUGCCCGCUGGGCGCACCUCCAUCUGACGCCCGAGGAGCGCGCCGCGGCCGUCGUCUACACGUCGGGCGAGCACUGCGCCAUGUGCGCCGCCGCCCACGCCUUCGUCGGCCUGGGCCGCAUCGUCUACGUCUCGUCGACGGCGCAGUACGAGAGCUGGAAGGACGAGGCUGGCGUCGACAAGGGGCCGGUGGCGGCGCUGCCCAUCAAUGCGGUUGCGCCGCAUGUCCCGGUUGAAGGGCCCGUGGCAGGGCUGGAUCAGGAGGUCAAGGCGCUGCAUCAGGCGAGGUGGCAGCGGCGGAGGCUGGAGGCGCAGGCUGGGAACGAGGGCUGA